CAAUCAAAGACACACACAUUUCAUGAAUUAGAAUUUUUUUUUUGUGAUUAUAACAAAUUUUGAAUCAACAGUUAGCAUCUAAGAAAAUGAACCCGAGUAGUUGUGUUUUUAGCUAUUUACUUGUAAUUGAUCGUGCAUUUCCUUGCUGUUUCUGGUGUCGUUUUAUUAAUUUUUUUUUUUUUUUUUGUGGUUAUAACGAACUUUGAAAUUAUGACUUCGAACAAAUUAUAGGUAGUUAUGAAUAUCUUAAGCGAGCACCAACAGCAUCUGAGAAAAUGCAUAUAAAUUUUGUCAUUGGAUGGAUGGAUGAAAAGGAACCCAAUUCAACCACAAAUCAUUAUUUUUCUCAUUCAAUGGUUGACUUAAAUUUUUUAUCUUGUGUUUCAGGAACAAGUGACUGCUUCAAGUUCAACAUUUAAUCAAUUUUAGGGUGGUAGAAACUAAGUGACUGCUUCAAGUUCAACAUUCAAUAGAAUCCAUCAUGUCUGAGAGUGAUAUAACAGCCAUGAAGGAGACUCUUCGUGCGCAACAACAACUUCUGCAGAAACUAUACGCGGAAUUGGAUCAGGAAAGAGAAGCCUCAGCAACUGCAGCAAGUGAAGCAAUGGACAUGAUACUGCGUCUGCAAGGUGAAAAGGCUGCGGUGAAGAUGGAAGCAAGUCACUAUAAGAGAAUGUCAGAGGAAAAGAUAGGUCAUGCCGAGGCUACCCUUGAGGUUUUUGAAGAGCUUAUGUAUCAGAAAGAAAUGGAAAUUGCUUCUCUUGAGUUUCAAGUAUGUGCUUAUAAACACAAACUUCUAACACUAGGUGCUGAUUUCAAUGCAAGUGAGUUUGAAUUCCCUGAAGACCAUAUCUUGAAUAGAAAUGAUCAACAACAUAAUGGAGAAAAUGUUCAGAGUAGUACUAUAAAAAGGCUAAGCUCAUUGCCACCUAUUCCGUCUAAGAACAGGGACCGAGCUAACCGAAAGAGAGAUCGAUCGCCGACUCCAAUUCCAGUUUCAGAUGUGAUUCCUAAUACACUUGAAGAUAGGGACCGAGAAGUCAUUUCACCAAGCUUGGAAUUGCCAAGAAAAUCUAUGGAUUUAACAUAUGGAACACUUGAUUCAUAUUGGAACCAAAUCCAAAGCUUAGACGAAAAAGUGAACGAGAUUUCGGAUUGUAAAGAGUCGGGAGUUGAAAAAUGUGCAAACCUGAGGAGUAGAAGAGGGAGAUCAUGUUCAAUAUUUUCACAAGAAAGCAAUAAGAUACCUCUUGAUAAAUCAUAUAGAUUACCUUAUCCUAUUAAUGCAGAUAAAGAAAAUCACUUUGAAAGGGGAAUGGAUACACCGCAAGUUUCUAGUCCCUCUUGUUCGGUUAAUGUGCAUGAUGUAUUUGAAGUUCCACAAACAAGUGAAAAGCAUGAAGUUAGUGAACAUGGGAAAAGAAGACUUGAGAGAUGGAUUUCAGAUGUAGAUAACAGAUUAAUAAAACCAGAUUCUAUGUCUGAGGAAAUCAUAGAAGCACAUGUUAAGCAUGAUAUGGAGAAGCUCAAGAGCAUCAUGCUUAGCACAAAUCAUGAAGUCAAAAAAUCAAAUCAUAAAGGUGCGAAGAGUGCUGUAGAUUGUAAUGUUGAAGCUGAGUUUCAUAAGUUGCAUCAGAGAAUUGAUAGGCUUGAGAGGGAGAGAGUUAGUAUAAGGCAAGAUGAGAUUAGGCAUGAAGGAAAUGGAGAAGAGUAUUUGAGGUUGUUGAAGGACAUUCAGAGUCAACUCAAUUCAAUACAGUCAGAGAUGAGAAACUGUAAUAAAACCAAAAAAGCUUCACCUAAGAAGGAGGAUGUUUCUUUGGGACCUCUUCAAGAGGCAAUGCUGUAUUUUUGGCUUUGAUCAAAUUACUACAGAUUACAGAAUGAACAUCUCAGAUAACUGAUCAACUCAGAGCAUUAUUUGGUGUACAUAUUAUACUUUGUUCACAAAGAUGAUUGUGUUUGGUAUAGGAAGGUAAAAUAGAUCUUAUAGGCUGAAUUUUAGUUACUGAAGAGUGUAUACAUUUUCAUAUAGUUCAAUAUUUUACAAUUGACACUAGCGAGACAGGUGAGUUGAAUUUUUUGUGACUGAAUAUGGUGUCUUGUGUUUUUUUGCCCCGGUGAUUAUACAACUUAGUGGAUUCAAAACUUGCAAAA